AUGUUCAAUGAACCAAUAUCACCUCCCUCUUCAACACCUGCAUCCCCACCUUACUACACCAUCUCCUCUGACUCAGAGCCCUCUGACUCAGAGCCCUCUGACCCCCAAUCUCCCACUUUGGCUCAACUUCAGGCUCAUGCCCUUUCCACACACCACAAAUCUGAACCAGAAGCCAACAUUUCAUCACCAUCUAAACAACCACCAACACCUCCAUCUGAACCUCCCAUCGAAACACCCUCUGAAAACCCUAUCAUCCAUAAAUCUGAACCUCCCGCUGAAACCACCCCCACACCACCAGCACCUACAUCUCCUAUCCCUGAACCAGAACCUAACUUCCCCACCCUAGAAGAACCAAUAACCUUAUUUGUUGAGUCUUUAGUGGAGAAGAUCAGAUCAUUAUCUGAGAACUCUGGUAUCAGUGACGAUCCCUCUGCAGUACGUCUGGUUAGAGAGGUAGAAGAGAAGGCCCGUCUGGAAGAAGAGCAAAGGGCUAGAGAAGCUGCAGAGAAGGCUGUUGCUGCUGCUGAAGAAGCAGCCCACAUAGUUGCAGAAGAAGCUGCAAAGGCUAGUAAUGAUGCUCUAACUCAGGGGGAGCAAUCUCAUUCUGAUUUUGCUCCUUUUGUCCUGAAGACUCUGGAAUAG